UGUAGAAAGUCCUAGAAAUCUAAUUUUCUGAUUUACGUUUCUUUAUGUUCCUCUUAUUGAUCACUGAUCCAAUGGAACUCAGAAAAGGGUUACUGCUGUUAUUUUUGUUGCUGGAGUAUGUUUGUUGCAAUGUUGAAGCAAAGUGUUUGAAGGGAUGUGAUUUAGCUUUAGCUUCCUAUUAUGUGAAUAGAGGGUUGUCCUUGGAUAAUAUAACACACCUGAUGAAAUCAAGUGUUGUGUCCAAUUCUGACGAUAUAAUAAGCUACAAUAAAAACAAAAUAUUCAAUAAAAAUGUCUUCAUGUUUAACAGAUACAAUGUUCCAUUUCCCUGUGAUUGUAUCCGUGAUGAGUUUCUGGGGCACGUGUUUGAGUACUCAGCUGCUGAAGGUGACACCUAUGAUUCGAUUGCCAAAGUGGAAUAUGCCGAUCUCACCACUGUUGAGCUUUUGAGGAGAUUCAACAGUUAUGGCCAAAACGGUAUACCAAAAAAUGCCAAGGUUAAUGUCACGGUCAAUUGUUCUUGUGGGAACAGCCAGGUUUCACAAGAAUAUGGGUUGUUUAUUACCUAUCCACUUAGGCCUGACAAUAAUUUGCAUGAUAUUGCCAACGAGGCUCAUCUUGAUGCACAGUUGCUGCAGAAUUAUAAUCCUGGAGUCAAUUUCAGCAAAGAGAGUGGGAUUGUUUUCAUUCCAGGAAGAGAUCAAUUUGGAGACUAUGUUCCCUUGCACCCUAGAAAAACAGGUCUAGCUACGGGUGCUGUUGCUGGAAUAUCCAUAGCAGGAAUUUGCGGUCUUCUAUUAUUAGUAAUAUGCAUAUAUGUUAAAUUCUUCAAGAAGAUGGAAGGAGAGAAACCCAAAUUGCCAACAGAAAAAUCUACGGCGUCUUCAAUUCAAGAUGCCUCUGGAAGUGCAGAAUAUGAAACUUCAGGAUCCAGUGGGACUGCUACUGCUACUGGCCUUACAGGCAUUAUGGUGGCAAAAUCAAUGGAGUUCACAUAUCAAGAACUGGCAAAGGCUACAAAUAACUUCAGCCUGGAGAAUAAAAUUGGUCAAGGUGGAUUUGGAGCUGUGUAUUAUGCAGAAUUGAGAGGCGAGAAAACUGCAAUUAAAAAGAUGGACGUGCAAGCAUCCACUGAAUUUCUUUGUGAGUUGAAGGUCUUAACUCACGUUCAUCACUUGAAUCUGGUGCGUUUGAUUGGAUAUUGCGUUGAAGGAUCUCUUUUCCUUGUGUAUGAACAUAUUGACAACGGAAACUUAGGCCAAUAUUUGCAUGGUACAGGGAAAGAUCCUUUGACAUGGUCUAGCCGAGUGCAAAUUGCUCUUGAUUCAGCAAGAGGCCUUGAAUACAUUCACGAGCACACUGUGCCAGUGUAUAUCCAUCGUGAUGUAAAAUCUGCAAAUAUAUUAAUAGACAAAAACUUCCGUGGAAAGGUAGCAGAUUUUGGCUUGACUAAACUUAUUGAAGUCGGAAGCUCCACACUUCACACUCGUCUUGUGGGAACGUUUGGAUACAUGCCUCCAGAAUAUGCUCAAUAUGGUGACGUCUCUCCAAAAGUAGAUGUGUACGCUUUUGGAGUGGUUCUUUAUGAACUGAUUUCUGCAAAGAAUGCUGUUCUGAAAACAGGUGAAUUUGUUGCUGAAUCCAAGGGUCUUGUAGCUUUGUUUGAAGAAGCACUCAAUCAGAGUAAUCCUUCCGAAGCUAUUCGCAAACUGGUGGAUCCCAGGCUUGGAGAAAACUAUCCAAUUGAUUCAGUUCUCAAGAUUGCGCAACUUGGGAGAGCUUGUACAAGGGAUAAUCCACUACUACGCCCAAGUAUGAGAUCUAUAGUUGUUGCUCUUAUGACACUUUCAUCGCCUACUGAGGAUUUCGACGAUGAAACUGCUUCCUACGAAAAUCAAACUCUCAUAAAUCUACUGUCUGUAAGAUGAAGGUUCUUUGAACCUAUUGCACCGUGUUUUCAAUGACCUUUGAAAGCAGGUGUGUAAGGUUUGACAAGUUUGUACAUGAAUGGA